AGUUCGAUAGGGCAUUCUCAACCGCACGAAGUCGAACUACCCCCGCCGAAUUUUUAUGCUGGAAAACUGGAGAUCGUCCACUUGACAGUAUCAACACCACACGUCCAAGACACCAGAUCAACCGUCAAGAUGCCCCCGAAGAAGGCCGCCCGUCCCGCUCAGGAGAACAUCUCCCUUGGCCCUCAGAUCCGUGAGGGUGAGCUCGUUUUCGGCGUUGCUCGCAUCUUCGCUUCCUUCAACGACACCUUCGUCCACGUCACCGAUCUCAGUGGCCGCGAGACCAUCUGCCGUGUCACUGGUGGCAUGAAGGUCAAGGCCGACCGUGACGAGUCCUCCCCCUACGCCGCUAUGUUGGCUGCCCAGGACGUCGCUGCCCGCUGCAAGGAGCUCGGCAUUACUGCCCUCCACAUCAAGAUCCGUGCCACUGGUGGUAACGGCACCAAGACUCCCGGCCCCGGUGCCCAGUCUGCUCUCCGUGCCCUUGCUCGCUCUGGCAUGAAGAUCGGCCGUAUCGAGGACGUUACCCCCACCCCCUCUGACUCUACUCGUCGCAAGGGUGGUCGCCGUGGUCGUCGUCUCUGAUUUAUCAGAGAGUGGCUGCCUGGCUUCUGGGCGGAAAAGAAAAAACGGUUAUCAUCUGGUUUUCUCUGUGGCGUUGACAACUACGAGGAGAACGGCCUUAAUUUGCCUGGUCUCCAUAUGAUCUGGCUUGUCACAUGUUGCUUUUGGCACAACUGCAGCAGAUGAAUAUAGAUGGGAGUCAAAAAACCCCCUUCGCUGCCACCGGCAGCUCAGAUCGCAGCCUGGCUUUCGUGUGUGUUCAAUGUGAUCCUUUCCAUGUAUGCUUGUCUUUGUGAAUCCAGUUGCGGGUCGUAGUUGUGUGGUCUGCUCCCAGGAACCUGGGAGUGUUUCUUGAUUCAUCAAUACAACCUUACCCGUGAGGUGUUACUCGGUUGUCGUUCAUCUUCGAAUUGGCAGAUAAAUGCACUUCAAUAUUAAGAUCUAAUGGAAAAUG